AUGGCAGAGCUAGAAGCCGCCCCUGUUUUAUCCACUCCAGACGACCGCAUCCUCGAAGCCACCGAGCCCGUCGUACCGGACACUAACCGCGCCCUCUCGGAAGAGGAACUCGCCAUCACCUAUGAUAUCGAACGCACGCUAAAAGAAAUCCGCCAGGCGCGGUACAAGCGGAUCGCUCUACAAUUUCCAGAUGAAAUGCUCCCCGAUGCUCCGCGGGUAUUCCAGCUACUGAGUCGGGGCUUGGAGGCGCGGGAUGUUGUUGAGGAUAGCGGCGCUUCGGGUCACAAAGAUGAGAUUAAUGGCGAUAGGACAGGGGGAGACGGUUUAGCGGAUUCGGUGUCCCGGCUUGAAGUCCGGGAUGCUGAAGUGGCGCCGAAACUUUAUAUCCUCGCUGAUACUUCUUACGGGACGUGCUGUGUUGAUGAAGUCGCUGCGGAGCAUGUAGAUGCGGACGUUGUCGUGCACUACGGACGGUCAUGUUUGUCGCCGACUGCCAGACUUCCAGUGAUCUAUGUCUUCACUCGCAAGUCUUUGCCUCUUGAUCCACUCGUCAAGGCGUUCAAGGAAACUUACGAACCGAGUGCAAAGGUGAUCCUCGCCGCGGAUGUCGCCUACUCAGAGCAUGUCGCCGAAGUAUAUUCUCGUCUGGUUGCAGAAGGGUACACCAACCUGUUCUCCACAGAAUUGGUACACGAUCCGUCGUCUGUCAUUCCUAACCGCACCGUACCAGACUCGGUGAAGGAGACUCCAGCGUCGCUGUCCGACUGGCAGCUUUUCCACAUCUCCGAGCCGCCAACUGCGCUACUCCUUACGCUGGCGUCCCGUGUCGCGGCAAUUCACAUCUAUCCCACUGACGGGCCGGCUGGCGCGGACGUCAAGCCUCUACCCGCCUCAACUUCGGCGUUGUUACGGCGCCGCUACGCGAUCUUGACACGGCUGAGUACAGUGCCUAUUUUUGGAAUUUUGGUAAACACGCUUAGCGUAAAGAACUACCUCCAUAUCGUGGAGCACGUCAAAGAGAAGAUCGCAGCGGCAGGCAAGAAGAGUUACCUGUUUGUGGUUGGCAAGCUUAACGCUGCCAAGGUAGCCAACUUCAGUGAGAUCGGUGGCUGGGUGGUUAUUGGCUGUUGGGAGAGUUCUCUGGUCGACAGCAAGGAUUUCUGGAAACCGGUCAUCACUCCGUUUGAGCUGGAGUUUGCACUUAAGGGGGACGACGAGCGGAUCUGGACGGGCGCCUGGCAGAGUGAUUUCCAGAGCGUCCUUGACCAGCCACCACCAACUUCGGAGUCUCAAGGGGAUGGCGAGGAGGAGGAAAACACAAACGGCGCAACCUCGACAGGGGACCAGGUAAAGAACGAGGAGGACGAAAUGUCGGAGCCCGAGUCUGCACCACCCGAGUUUGACUUGCGGACCGGUCGGUACGUUUCCCACACGCGUCCGAUGCGGGAAUCCGCUUCCCGCGCAUCCGCCCAGGGAGGUUCUGGCUCGCGAGGCGGCAGCGGUGUAAUCUCUGCGGCUGAUGGGCCGUCUGCAGCUCGAGCACUCGCUCGACGAGCCAAGGGCGACUUGGCUAUGAUCAGCGGCUCUUACUCGCCUGGAGCGGAAUUCCUGCGGUCGCAACGGACGUGGACAGGCCUGGGGAGCGAUUUCAAUAGCGCAGCGAACAGCGUUCAAUAUGACGGCGAAGGGGCGGACGACAGCACACUGGUUGUGGAAGGGCGCAAGGGGAUUGCAAGGGGAUAUACGGUGGGGGAAUCAAUAGAUAGACACUAA